AUGAAUGGAACAAUACAACAUAGCGACGGACUGACAGCCCAUGAGAGGCAGCUUUUCCGUGAUGUCGAAACUCAUAGGCAAGACUACGACGACAUAAUCCGUCAGUUUAGCAAAAUCAUCGCCCCCAUUGGAAUCCUGCUGAACUCUAUUUUUCUCUUCGUAGUAAUUCGAGUGAAGUCCAUGCACACGAUCAUCAACGUCUAUCUGUCGAAUUUAGCAGUGGCUGACGCUGCCUAUCUGAUUAUAUGCAUGUCAGUAGCUUGGGCAUUAGAAUAUACACACAUAGCUUCAGGUACAUGUACUUCCCUAGCUGUGCGCAUAGCUUCUACAACGAUGCAGAUUGCUUCGUACGGCUUCGUGGCUGUCAUAGCGGUCGAACGAUUCUCCGCCGUACGCCAACCGCUAACCCAGAGAGUGCGAGCGAGCAAGUCACGAGCAGCCAAGUUAUCAGCAGGCGUCUGGGUUGCGGCAGUUGUCAUGGGCGUUUUGAGUGGACUCGCAAGUGACUACAAUUAUGUCAGGAAUUUAGCUUUCACUCAAAUGUAUGUUGUCAUCGUUCUCCUGAUUUACCUGGCUGCGUUUACCAUAACUAUUACUUCGUAUAUUUACAUCGUUAUUAAGUUAUGCCACAGUGACCGAGAGCGUCAAGCAGGCCAAACCCGUCGAGUUUACCCCGUCGUCCGCAUGCUGGUCAUCAACACUGCUGUCUUCUUCGUGCUCAGUUUGACGGACAGCGCUUUACAGAUCAUGUACCUUGUACUGCUGUUCUUUCACAAAGGAGCAGAAGCUGUCAUUGAUAUCUAUUGGACCAUCACCGACGUGUCGGUCUGCGCAGGAAUCAUACGCCUCGUCAACAGCUCCAUCAAUACUCUGGUGUACAGCGUAACGAACAGUCAGUAUCGAGCGGCUUUCUUGGAGGCUUUCCCCCCGCUUGCCAAGCUCCUUCGACAGUGCCGCCACGGCCGCCGACCGCAGCAGACGGAGCAGAUAGAACUUCGAGCGAUUCCACCAGCAAAUGCCGCUCAAGAAUCACCGGCCCAAGCGCAAUGA